UAAGGCCAGGCAAGAGAUGCUGGAAAUAAUGCAAUUUUAUCCACCGUCAGUGGUGAUAAUUUUUCAGAAAAGGGAGGAAAGAGAAAAGUAGGCACCAAUUGGGGGUUGGAGGGAAAAGCCUGUCACAGCUGCCCCUGAACAUUAGGCAGUGCCCACUGUGCAGCGUGAGUGGGGCCACAUGGUGUUAGCACCUACCGUUGAAGGGUGGGUGAUCUUGCAGUAAAAACGGAACAGCUCCUGCUGAGUGCGCUGGCCGUGAACCGGGCCUCUCCAUCUUCCCAUGUGUCGGCUCCAGCCUGUGCUCUGGGUUUCAUGACUUUGACCCUCAAAGCCGGGCCCUGUGUGUGGCGUGGAAGGCGUGUUCCCGGGGCCAGGUGGGACCUUAUAAGCCAAGCCGUCAGGACAUCAGAGUCGCCCGCGCUCCGCCCAAAGGUGCCACGAGCUGCAGCUUCACGGAAGCACCACUCAGCGCUCAGCUGUGGAGUAGAAUCGGGGUGGUGUUGACAUCUUAGGAUUUUGUGGUGGGAUGUCGGAGUUCUAGAUUUCUCUUUUUUGGCAAUAUGGCAGACUCUGUGGGUCCUGAGAAAGCCCUCUGCUAAAAUGGCCCAGAAACCAGUGAGUGGGUAGCAUGGCCAUGAGCUGCUGGGGCCGAGGUUUGCCUCUCGCCGUGGCUGCUGGCCUGCUGGGGCCGCAGCUGUUGGCCCUAGGAGGGCCAUGCCCCUUGGCGUGCUGCUGUGAAGAUGCCGCCCCGGCCGAGGCGUCGUCUCUGCUGUCUGGCAUGCAGGCGGGGCUUCUGAGAGUCUCCCGGGGACAGAUGCCAGCCUGAAGCCCCCCGUUGUGUGGGCUCUAGCUUGUGCCGCUGGAAAUACCUCGCCCCUCCCUCCAGCUCCAGACCAAAGCCAGUCCUGUCUGGAGAAGCAGGCCUUGUGGCCUUCUGGGCCCCAGAUUUCAGAAAGCAAGUUCUUGGUCAGAACUACUGACCACAGGGAAGAAGCUACCUCCAGGCCUUCUUGAACUGGGAUGGUUAGACACAGAUAAAAGAAAUGAGAUCAGUAGGAUGUAAUAAAAGAGAAAAUUAAAUACAAGAGCGAGGAACAAAUACUGUCAAGAAAGGUCAUGUAGAUUUUGUUGAACCUGUGGAAACAAAUAAUCAGUGAAAUUAAAAGUUCAGUGGACAGAUUUUAUAGGUUAUUAGGUAAGAAACAGAACUAGUGAGUUGGAAGUCAUCACUAAGGACUUGUCUGGUAGGCACAGGAAAAGAUGCAGGAGAUUGCAGAGGUGUGUGUGCAGUUGGGGGGCUGCCGUGGGGCCGCCUCAUUGUUCUGAGGCCUGGGGGUAAGGCUCUGUUUGCAGCUGGGUGCCACACACCAAGGGGCAGUGAAGGCAGGACCAGCCUCGCAGAGGACCAAGAAGGAGGUGCUGGAAACACAAGGUGCUGCCAUGUUGCUGGGUUUUCCUGAAAAAGAUGGUGUGGGGACUGUCCAGGCCCACGUGAAACCACCCUCCACCCUUGGCCUCAGGAGCCCAGCAGGAGUGAGAGACAGUGAACCAGCCCUUGAGGAGCAGUUGGGAGGGAUCUGCAAGGGCCUCAGCCUUGCUCUGCUGUGGGGUGGCAGCCCACCUGUUCCCACCAGGCUUCCCAGCACCUGCCAUGCCUGCUUCUGCCGGCACCGUGCCCACCCCACCCUAUAACCUGCAGAGCCCUUGGGGCUCUUAAAAGCCAUCCAAGCUGAUUGGGUCCCACCCUGAUCCUGGACAGAGUUCACAGCAGGCUUGUCGGAGCCACACCUGCCACCUGCACUGUGGUCACAGGCACUUGCCAGUUCUCACUCUGUAGCUUGGCAAAUGCCAUUUAGAAUUCCUGCACGUUCUACUUUGUUUCCAUUUGGACACGAGGAGUGAAAAGCUAUCAGGCCAGGGAGCUUGCCCGUUAUUCCGGGUGGCAGCCUCCUCCCACCCUGCCCCUUUGUGCCGGCCAGUGGCAUCUGUCGCCUGAGUGUGGGUAGGGAGUGGCAGGGGUUGACCUGGGGGCUGGCCUCUACUGGCAAGAUACAGCUGGUGGGCCAGAGGGGAGCGCUCUCUCUGCCUUGACCCUGAGGUGCAGGGACUCCGGCCCUCCAGCAGCUGGUAGCUGUAGGUCCCUACCGAAAACUCUGUUGUCAGAAAAUUGGCAUCAAAGGAGAUCGAUGACAUUUUGGGUGUGUUCCUGUGAUAGGACACCUGAAAUGUCCUGUUUAAGUCCAGGGAGAUCCACGGGAGGUGCCUGCUCUCUCCCUGUAGGACAGGGCAAGGCUCUGUGAGCGUGAACUCUCCGGGAGGAGGCAGGUGUGUCUGCGCCUCUCCUGAGUGUCCUGGGGCGCACUGACAGCCUCCUGGCCACAGGGGAGAGAAGGCAGACCUCUGCUUCGCUCAAGCUCACAACAGCAGAGGAGGGUGGCCCAGGGGUAUGGCCCUGGGAGGAGUGGGCCCUGCCACCCCCCACACUGCUGGCUCUCCUCUGUCCCCUCCUGAGACUGCAGGCCUGGUGCCAUUGAGCCCUGUUCUGCAGUAGAGGAUGAAUUUGGCUGCUGUAGAAAGCCUUCUGGGCCGAAAGCCCUGGCUGGUUCUCAGGGGCGCGCAGGGUGACUCCCUGACUCUGCCAUCUUAAAGUCAUAACGUCUGUCCUGACAGUACCCUGCAGAUCCUGCCCCUGCCUGGUCUGCCCCAGCCCACCGUCUGCCCCUGGUCUGACCUCUCCCUUUGACCUCUGCAUCGAUUCAAUGUAAUAAGCAAGAGCCACCCACCCCCAGGAAUUAUCAAGGCCACGUGCUUCCCAGAGGCUGCUUCCACCCUCUUCUCAUGGGCUUCAUGUCCCCACCACCCCAGGUGAAGGGGGACAGUGGUGGGAGCCCAGAGGACAAGAGGCCACAGGCUCUGGUUGAGACCAGGCAGUGCCUCCCCAGAGAGCAGAGUGGGGGGCAUGCUCCUGUCUCCCUCCUGUCACUUUGAGAGAGGGGACAGCAAGGGGCACCCAGGGCCCUGUGCUAAGGACACCCCAGAUGUAUAUGAAGGUUAAAUGCCUACCCUUUUUGCAGGGGGGUGGUCAGCUGGUGUGUGCCUGUGGAGCGCAGCUGAGGAAGCAGCUGGCGGUCCCACCAGUGUUGUUUCUGUCAUAUUUUAUACAUCAGCUGUGGAGACCCUUGCCGUCUUCAUCACGGGAAUGUGUAAGCACACAGUGUGGCCAUGCGGGUACACGGUAAGCAGGCAGAGUGAGGGGCACAUGCAGAGAUAGGUGAGCAGAGCGCUCAGCUCCAUGGGUCCCUGUAGGCUGAACACCCUGAUCCAACGCUGUAACCCCACGGCACUUCUGAAGUGCGGCUUGGUUUCUUGGGAUUUCUUGGAGCCACUGUCGCCAGCAUGUCAUCCUGGCAGAGGCCUCCACAAAGGCCUUUGCCACAGGGACGCGCCGUGGGCUCUGAGUCACAGCCUUGGCCGGGUCGUAGGCAGAACGGGGGACAGGGCCAAUGACCCAGAUGCCUGUGGUCAUUGACAAGGAGCAUUCUUCUGAAAUCUACUUCUUUUCUUGGCCUGUACCUUGUGGGCCGAACACUGAUUGGUGGUAGUGUUGGCUGCCUGGGGAGCUGUUGCCAAACGCAUGAGUCAGCAUUAGAUUUUUAAAAAGCAGUUUGAGUACUUUUUGAGGACAUAGCAAUUCAUAGAAAAGUCUUAAGAAAAUGGAAAAUGACACCCUGGUGGGGUUUGAAGUGGUGGUUCCAGGAGUGGUUGGUGAUGGUUCUGGAUGUGGAGCAGACGAGGCAGAUGAGUGAUGUGUUUUAUGGACGUCACCCCCGUUCUAGGGCCGAACCCUAGCCAUGACCUGUGAGGAGGGUCUCAGAUGCACUCAGUGGAAAGCAGGGAAACCCCUCCCGGGACAGUUCCAGAGACCUGAGCCCGUGUGACCCUCCUUUCUUGCCUGCAGUUUGCACCCCGUGACCUCAAACACCCUAAAACCAUCUUGCCCGCACAGGGGCUCUACCCGGAAGUGCAGGCAGGGUCGGGAGGGCUCCCGGGCCCUUGACAGACCCAGAUCUCCUGCUGGCAGGAGGUUGGGGAGGAAGGGAGAGAGCGGUGGCUCCCGGUUCCUGAAGUCCAGCGCUGUCUUCUCUCCCUCACUCCCUGCCUCUUUUAAAAGAAGCUGUGCGGUCUGUUUCCACUGGAGGUUGGCAGGGUUUGUGCUGGGUCAGAUACGUGGAGGAUUUGCUUGUCGCGAGGCGGCCGCGUCGUCCCACCGCGUCUCGUUAGUGCUCUGUGUUGAUGCCUUUAGAUGCCUCCAGCUCAGUCCAUGUCGUGGUACUGCAAGGCUGGGUCGCUCCUCGAAGCCCCAUGGCAUGAAAUGGAGGCUCCUAGAAGCAAGAAGAAAGAGAAACAGGGUCCCGAGAGGAAGAGGAUCAAGAAGGAGCCUGUCACCCGGAAAGCCGGGCUCCUCUUCGGCAUGGGGCUGUCUGGAAUCCGGGCUGGCUACCCCCUCUCCGAGCGCCAGCAGGUGGCUCUCCUCAUGCAGAUGACAGCCGAGGAGUCUGCAAACAGCCCAGUAGACACGACACCAAAGCACCCCUCCCAGUCGACCGUGUGUCAGAAGGGGACACCUAACUCUGCCUCAAAAACCAAAGAUAAAGUAAACAAGAGGAACGAGCGUGGCGAGACCCGCCUUCACCGAGCCGCCAUCCGGGGGGAUGCGCGUCGCAUCAAGGAGCUGAUCAGCGAGGGGGCCGAUGUCAACGUCAAGGAUUUUGCAGUGUCUGUUUCCAGGCUGGACUGCGCUUCACGAGGCCUGUAACCGGGGCUACUAUGAUGUGGCGAAGCAGCUGUUGGCCGCGGGUGCAGAAGUCAACACCAAGGGCCUGGAUGAUGACACGCCCCUGCACGAUGCCGCCAACAACGGGCACUACAAGGUGGUGAAGCUGCUGCUGCGGUACGGAGGGAACCCCCAGCAGAGCAACAGGAAAGGCGAGACGCCGCUGAAGGUGGCCAGCUCCCCAACCAUGGUGAACCUGCUGCUGGGCAAGGGCACCUACACGUCCAGCGAGGAGAGCUCCACGGCAGAGAGCUCCGAGGAGGAAGACGCCCCGUCGUUUGCACCUUCCAGCUCAGUCGAUGGCAAUAACACGGACUCCGAGUUCGAAAAAGGCCUCAAGCACAAGGCUAAGAAUCCCGAGCCUCAGAAAACUGCGGCCCCCGUCAAGGACGAGUAUGAGUUCGACGAGGACGAUGAGCAGGACAGAGUCCCUCCAGUGGACGACAAGCACUUGCUGAAAAAGGAUUACAGGAAAGAGACAAAGUCAAAUAGCUUCAUUUCUAUACCCAAAAUGGAAGUGAAAAGUUACACUAAAAAUAACACAAUUGCACCAAAGAAAGCGACUCAUCGCAUCUUGUCAGACACGUCAGACGAGGACGUCGGUGUUCCGGUGGGGACAGGGGAGAAACUGAGGCUCUCGGCCCACUCGGCAUUGCCCGGUAACAAAAUGAGGGAGCCUCCCAGCUCAAAGCAGCAGAAGGAAAAGAAUAAAGUGAAAAAGAAGCGAAAGAAAGAGCCGAAAGGCAAAGAAGUUCGUUUUGGGAAAAGGAGCGACAAGUUCUGUUCUUCUGAGUCAGAGAGCCAGUCCUCGGAUAGCGGUGGGGACGACGGCGACUCGGUGGGCAGCCCCGGCCGCCUGAAGGAGUCCCCGCUGGUGCUGAGGGACCCCGCGCUGUUCAGCUCCCUGUCGGCCUCCUCCAGCUCGUCGCUGGGGAGCUGCAGCGCCCAGAAGCAUAACCCCAGCCACGCAGACCAGCACACCAAGCACUGGCGGACAGACAACUGGAAGGCCGUUUCCUCUCCUGCCUGGUCAGAGGCCAGCUCUUUAUCAGACUCCACGAGGACGAGACUGACAAGUGAGUCUGAUGGCUCCUCCGAGGGCUCCAGCGUGGAGUCACUGAAGCCAGUGAGGCGGAAGCGGGAGCCUCGGAGGCGGGGCGGCCUGCAGAGCGGGCUACCCGACAAGAGGACCCCCUUUCCCUGCACUGUGGAUGGCGCUGUCCCCAAGCUGGACAAGGAGGGGAAAGUGGUCAAGAAACACAAAACAAAGCACAGACACAGGACCAAGGAGAAGGGCACCUGUGCUGCUGGCCAGGAGCUCAAGCUGAAGAGUUUCACCUACGAAUACGAGGACUGCAAGCAGAGGCCGGACAAGGCGAUCCUGCUGGACAGCGACGUCUGCGCGGACAGCAAAGCAAAAGCCUCGAGGCACGAGCGAGAGCACGCGAGGCGGGAGGAGCGGCUCGGCAGGGCGCGGCCAGAGGAGAGAGAGUGGCUCUUCAAGGAUGAGGUGCCGAGGGCCCCCAGAGAUGAAAGGCCCCCGAAAAGAGGCAAGGACACGAGCAGGGGUGGGAGCCGGCCGCUCCGAGAAGACAAGGACCGCGCAAACAGGGCCGAGAGGGAGAAGCCGGCGAAGGAGAAGUCCCCGAGAGAGGAGAAACUGAGGCUCCACAAAGAGGAAAGAAAGAGGAAGUCUAGAGACAGGCCCUCGAAGCUAGAGAAAAAGAAUGAUUUCAAGGAGGACAAAAUUCCAAAAGAGAAGGAGAAAACCUUCAAAGAAGAUAAACUCAAACGAGAAAAAGUUUACCAGGAAGACCCUACGUUUGACGAGUAUUGUAACAAAAAUCAGUUUUUGGAGAACGAAGAUACCAAAUUUAGCCUUUCUGAUGAUCAGCAAGACAGGUGGUUUUCUGAUCUGUCAGAUUCCUCCUUUGAUUUCAAGGGGGAAGACAGCUGGGACUCGCCCGUGACCGACUACAGGGACAUUAAAAAUGAGUCUGUGGCCAGGCUGAUCUUGGAAACAGUGAAAGAGGACAAGGAGAAGAAGCGGGAAGGCAAACCCCGGGAGAAGCGGGGCGACCGAGAUGCCCUCCUCAGGAAGAGGGACAGGGACGGCCUGGACAGGACCUCUGAGAAGAGGAGAGAUGCAGCCGAGAAGCACAAGGGCGUCCCCAGCUGUGCCCCAGAGAAGGACAAAAAGCGGCGGGAGUCUGCUGAGGGCGGGCGGGAGCGCAGGGACGGCAGGGUCAGGCCCGAGGAUAUGCACCGGGAGGACCCCAAGGAGCAGGGUGGCGAGGGCGGCCUCAGGGACAGGCCGGACUGCGACUGUGGGAAGGGCCCGGAGCCUUGGGAGCGGCACCACGCAACCCGGGACAAGGAGAAGAGGGAGAGGCCAAAGUCAGAGAGGGUGCGGGACAAGGCUGGCGACAAGGACCGGGGCGAGAAGUCCACCCUUGAGAAAUGCCCAAAGGACAAGGAGCUGGACAAGUGCUUUAAGGAGAAAAGAGAUGCUAAGGAAAAGCAUAAAGACAGAGAGAGGAAAGCAUCUCUUGACCAAGUCAAAGACAAAAGGGAGAAGAGUUUCGCUGGGAUUACCCCCGAGGACUUCUCAGAGAGAAAAGACGAGAAAAGGGGGAAAGAGAAAAGCUGGUACAUCGCAGACAUAUUCACAGAUGAAAGCGAGGACGAGAAGAUCGAUUACGCAGCCAGCGGGCUCAAGGCCGCGGAGCCCGGCGACGGGCAGGCAGAGCGGGACGACGGGCGGGAGCUGCCGCUCCCCGACAGAGCCCGGAAGCACUCGGCUGACCGGCAGCACGCGGACAAGCAGAGGGACCGGGAGCUCAGGGAGAAGAGGAAGGACAAGGGGGCCGCGGAGGCGGGGAGGGACAAGAGGGAAAAGGCCCUCGAGAAGCACAGAGACAGGAAGGACAAGGAGUCGGCCGAGAGGCACAAGGACAGGAGGGAGCGCGCCCCGGCCGACGCCCCCCAGGAGAAGAGGGGCAGGCAGAGGCCUCCUGAGAGGGCGGAGAGGAAGCCCUCGGCCGAGGACAAGGCCAGGAGCCGGCACAGGGAGCGGCCGGACCGGGAGCACUGCCGGGACAAGAGGGCGCCGCGGAGCAGCGAGGGCGAGAGGAGCCUGCUGGAGAAGCUGGAGGCGGAGGCCCUGCACGGGUUCCGGGAGGACGCCGACGACAGGGGCAGCGAGGCGUCCUCGGACAGCUUCGUGGACCGAGGGCCGGAGCCCGGCCUGAGCGCCCUCCUGGAGGCGUCCCUCGCCGACGCCCUGGAGGAGAGGCCCAAGGACAAGGAGAGGCACCGGCACUCGUCGUCCUCCUCCAAGAAGAGCCACGACCGGGAGAGGGGCAAGAAGGAGAAGAAGGAGCGGGCGGAGGACCCCAGGGACGCGGGCGGCAGGAGGGGCUCCGGCCAGUGCGAGAAGGGCCUCCCGGAGGCCGAUGCCGGCGGUGCCCCCUACACCACGAGAGCCGACGUGGAAGACGAGCCGGAUAAAGCCGCUGAGUUGUUCUCUGCUGAGAAGAAAGACAAGAACGACUCUGACAGAGAGCCUUCCAAGAAGGCAGAAAAGGAGCUGAAGCCUUACGGGUCCAGCGCCGUCAGCGCCCUGAAGGAGAAGAGGAGGAGGCAGCGGCACCGGGAGCGGUGGCGGGACGAGAAGGAGAAGCCCAGGGACAGGCCCGGGGACGGGCUCCCAAGGCACAGGGACAAGGACACCCCGCCAGGCUCUUCCAAAGACAAGUGCAGGGAUGAAAGUCUGAGACCCAGCGAGGCCAGACCGAAGGAGAAGUUCAGGGAAAACCCAGAGAGAGAAAAGGGCGACGUGACGAAGGCGAGCAAUGGCACGGACAGGCCGCUGCCCUCCAGAGACCCGGGCAGGAGAGACGGCCGGCCCCGGGAGAAGCUCCUUGGUGAUGGCGACCUCAUGAUGACCAGCUUCGAGAGGAUGCUCUCCCAGAAGGACCUGGAGAUUGAGGAAAGGCACAAACGGCACAAGGAGAGGAUGAAGCAGAUGGAGAAGAUGCGGCACAGGUCUGGGGACCCUCGGCUCAAGGAGCGGGCAAGGCUGGCUGAGGAUGCACGCAAGCGGGGGGAUGGCCCCCCGAGGAAGACGCUGGGCCUGGACCCUGCCCCAAAAGACAGGAAGCCCAAGGAGCCGCUGCCAGCCGCCGAGAGCAAGCCCCAGCCAGGACCUGCCGUGGAUGCCAGGGACUGGGUGGCCGGCCCUCACAUGAAAGAGGCCUUGCCCGCUUCCCCCAGGCCUGACCAGAGCCGGCCCACCGGGGUUCCCACCCCCGCGUCCAUGGUGUCCUGCCCCAGCUACGAGGAGGCCAUGCACACGCCCAGGACCCCAUCCUGCAGCGCCGACGACUACACUGACCUUGUGUUUGACUGCCCCGACCCCCAGCCUGCCUCCAGCACGCCCACCAGCGCCUGCUCCCCUUCCUUUUUCGACAGGUUCUCCAUGGCAGCAGGCGGGAUUUCGGAAACCCCUGGUCAGACACCCACAAGGCCGCCGUGCACGAGCCUUUACCGUUCCGUCUCUGUCGACAUCAGGAGGACCCCCGAAGAAGAAUUCAGCAUUGGGGACAAGCUCUUCCGACAGCAGAGCAUGCCCGCCACGUCCAGUUACGACUCACCAGGGCAGCACUUGGAGGACAAGGCCCCUGGGCCCCCAGGUCCCGCCGAGAAGUUGGCCUGCUUGUCUCCGGGGUAUUACUCUCCAGACUAUGGUGUCCCUUCCCCCAGAGCAGAUGCUCUUCACUGCCCACCGGCUGUGGUCACCAUCACCCCCUCCCCAGAGAGCGCCUUCUCUGGGUUACAAGCAAAGUCCCCUCCUCACAGGGAGGAGCCGUCGGCCCCAUCCAUGGAGGGAGCCCUGCCCCCCGACUUGGGCCUUCCACUGGAUGCCACAGAGGACCAGCAGGCCACUGCGGCCAUCAUCCCCCCUGAGCCCAGCUACCUGGAGCCCCUGGAGGAGGGCCCUUUCAGCACAGUCAUCACCGAGGAGCCUGUCGGGUGGGCACAUGCCACCACCUCGGAGCAGGGCCUCUGUGCCGGCCUCAUUGGGGGUGCCCCCGAGAACCCUGUCAACUGGCCAGUGGGGCCAGAGCUUCUGCUUAAGUCUCCACAGAGAUUCCCAGAGUCCCCGAAACAUUUCUGCCCUGCUGAGUCCCUCCACCCUGUGGCCCCAGGGCCUUUUGGUGCCACGGAGCCCCCUUUCGCAGUCUCCCCUGUCUCAUAUCCUCUGUCGGUGGCCGAGCCGGGACUCGAGGACAUCAAAGAUGCUACCGCGGUGGAAGCAGCCCCAGCCACCAUCCCCACUUCGGAAGAGCCAGGCCCCUUCACUCCCUCCUCCAGGCUGGAGGCCUUCUUCAGUGACUGCAAGCCCCUCCCGGACACGCCCCCUGACCCACCACCCGAGCCUGCAUGCAUGACCAUCACGCAGGCAGAGGCUCUGGGGCCCCUGGAAAACAGCUUCCUGGAAAACGGUCCCAGCCUGUCGGCCCUGGGCCCAGUGGAGCCUGGGCCCUGGCCAGACGCCUUUACCACCUCAGAGGACGACUUGGACCUGGGACCUUUUUCACUGCCAGAGCUUCCUCUUCAAACGAAAGAGGUUUCUGAUGUCCAAGCAGAGCCUGUAGAAGAGAGUCCCCUUGUCCCUGUAGGAAAUGCCCCUGCAGGGGCCCCCCCAGUCCUCGACAGUGGGGAGGUCGUGGCAUCAGCUGCUGAGGAGCCACUGGCAGUGCCCCCUGACCAGGUGGCCACCCGGCUCCUCACAGAGCCUGAGACUUCAGAGGAACUGCAACCAGACGUGGUGCUGGAAGCCACGGGGGAGGCCAGGGUCACGGCAGAGGGGAGGGCCCCUGAGGACACGGACUUUGGCGUGGGGCCCACACCUGUUUUGGAGCAGUGCCUGUCAGGGAGUGUAGACGAGGCCCAGGGCCAGGACCCCCUGGCCACACCCCUCAGCGCCCCAGACUCCGCCGUGGAUGGCUUGGCACAGGCCUGUGUGGCAGACGGGGCCGGCCCCAGUGACAGUGCUGGGCUCGAGGUGCCUCCAGGCAGUGUGCAGCCUGAAGCUGCGGAACCAGAACCCAAGCCCCCAGCCGAAGCCCCAAAGGCCCCCAGAGCGGAGGAGGUCCCGCAGCGCAUGACCAGGACCCGGGCCCAGAUGCUGGCCAACCAGCACAGGCAGAGUGCAUCCCCCUCCGAGAGGGAGCCUGUGCCCACCCCAGCCCCCAGGGCCAAGGGCCGCGGCUCCGAGGAGGAGGACCCACAAGCCCAGCACCCACGGAAGCGCCGCCUCCAGCGCUCCAGCCAGCAGCCACCGCCACCCAGCACGUCCACGAGGCAGACGCGGGAGGUGAUCCAGCAGACGCUGGCCGCCAUCGUGGAUGCCAUCAAGCUGGACGCCAUCGAGCCCUACCACAGCGACCGCUCCAACCCGUACUUCGAGUACUUGCAGAUCAGGAAGAAGAUCGAGGAGAAGCGGAAGAUCCUGUGCUACAUCAGCCCGCAGGCCCCCCAGUGCUACGCCGAGUACGUCACCUACACGGGCUCCUACCUCCUGGACGGCAAGCCGCUCAGCAAGCUGCACAUUCCCGUGAUCGCCCCCCCGCCCUCCCUGGCGGAGCCCCUGAAGGAGCUGUUCAAGCAGCAGGAGGCCGUGCGGGGGAAGCUGCGCCUGCAGCACUCGAUCGAGCGGGAAAAGCUGAUCGUCUCCUGCGAACAGGAGAUCCUGCGCGUGCAUUGCAGGGCGGCGAGGACCAUCGCGAACCAGGCCGUGCCGUUCAGUGCCUGCACCAUGCUGCUGGACUCUGAGGUCUACAACAUGCCUCUGGAGAGCCAGGGCGAUGAGAACAAGUCGGUGCGUGACCGCUUCAACGCCCGCCAGUUCAUCUCCUGGCUGCAGGAUGUGGACGACAAGUAUGACCGCAUGAAGACGUGUCUCCUGAUGCGGCAGCAGCAUGAGGCUGCAGCCCUCAAUGCCGUGCAGAGGAUGGAGUGGCAGCUGAAGGUCCAGGAGCUGGACCCUGCUGGGCACAAGUCCCUGUGUGUGAACGAGGUGCCCUCCUUCUAUGUGCCCAUGGUUGACGUCAACGACGACUUCGUGCUUCUGCCAGCCUGAUGCACCACAGGACGCCACUUGGGACACAGGCGAGGGCCACGCGCACCUGCCCAGCACUGCUGCCGAGUCUGGGUGUCGGAGACCUUGUCCCCCAGGUGGGGACAGCCAGGGGGAAGCCCGCGCUUUGCCCCCUGAGCACAGCUCCUUGAUGGCAGCCGCUGCAGGAGGACAAGACGACCACAGGGACGCGGACGUGACGGCUUCGGGGUUGGUCCCCAGCCAGCUGGCUGCACGCGCAUUUUAGGGGCCGCGGAACAGAGUGCGUUUUCAAAAGUUCUUGUUGCAUUCUGAUCAACUAAAAAUAAAACCAAGGUGUCCACCCACAAACAGUGACCUCCAGGUGGAGAGCAGAGAGGCCACCGCCCUGUAGCCACAGGGCCACUGAUGGCCUCAGACUGGGGCUGGGACGCUGUGCCGGGCGAGGGCCUGGCUGCGCCGCCCGCCCGCCACUGAGGAACGCAAGCUGGUUGUGUUUUUAAUGGAGUCAAAUCCACGUGGUUUGUAUAUUUUUUUCCUUUAUUCUUGGGCAUUUUGUUUCUCUUUCUGAGAACAUAACUUGAAACACUACAGAGCCAAUAAUCAUAUAAAAAGUGUACCGUGAGCUGUACAGUUUUAUACACAUUCACAAUGUACUUUUGCUGCCUUCUAGAUAAUUUAUUUUGCAACACAUUACUGCACAGUUGUAAAUAACUUAUGUACUGUAACAUCACUUCAGUUAUGUGUAAAGAAAUAAAUAAAUUAACUAAAUGCUCUUUGUA